AUGGCGUUCCCGUUCCCCUCCCUUGGCGGCUUCCUCGCGCGCCGCCCGCUGCUCGUGUACGCGGCCACGUGGACGGCGGUGGCGGUCACGGCCGUGGCCGUGGCGGCGUUCGCGCCGGAGCUCGCCUUCGUCUGGGCGGUCGGGCCCGGGACGCCGCUGUCCAGGGCGUGCCAGGGCGGCGACGGGUUCAGCGUCGGCCUGCCGCUCGACGGGCCGCCAUGGGACGUCGUCUGCGUGCCCGCCGGCAUGUUCGGCCGGGCCAAGCCCGACGUCGUCGUCCCGCUCGUCUUCGCCGUCGUCGUCGUCACUGGAGCAGUCUGGUUCACCACGGCCGUCGGGGUGUGGGAGGAUGAUGAUGAUCACGACGAGGAGCCAGCGUCGCCGGCUUCUGUGGAGCAUGUGUAG